AUCACAGUCGAAUUUUAACGGUCAGUGCGUAAGCAUCGGUGGUUUGCGAGUCUCAUCGAGGCAACGAACGAAGAAGCAAGAAAAAAACGAGCCCCCGUACCAGCUGUACACUGCGCACAGGCGAAAAAGAGACAGACCAACAUCAGUCGAGUGCCGGAAGAGAGCGCCGAGUUGCGAGUGACAAGUGGUGAGAGCAGGACGGCAACAGCCAGGAACGCACAUCAUUCCGCGUGCAGCCAAGGGACUCCUUGACAGCGGACUCCUUGUCAGUUUGCAAGCGCCAGUGAACCCGAUCAGACAUCGCAGAGCGAAAAACCGUCGCCCGCAGUCAGCAGCAGCGCCCUCCGGUCGAGAGUCAGAAGUAUCAGAAAGGAAAUUCUGUCCUCAACAGAGACAAGAAAGAAGGAAAAAAAGAAUCAACGCAUCUGUUACCCCGGCCAAAUACCAAAACCAAGCAAAAAUGAGUUCCGCAGACAAAAACAGUGAAGUUGAGGUGGAGAAUGUUGCCGCCGCGGAGGAGAAGGCAGAAACCAAGGAGGUGAAAGGAGUCAAGCGGCCCGCCGACGAGAAAACCGCCGAAACGAAAAAAGUAAAGAAGGACGAAAAUGGUGCUGGUGAGGAAGAGGAAGAAGUGGAAGAUGAAGGAGAGGAACUAGAGGGUGAGGAUGAAGAAUAUGACCUUCCAUACGGUGAUGAGGAAGACAUUGAGGCAGAAGAUGAGGAAGAGGAGGAGGGUGAUGAUGCCGAGUGUGAGGAAGAGGAAGAGGACGCGUAAUGAACGAAAGUGCAUAAGUGAGAGUGAGACUAACAAAAAACAAAAAAAAAAACAAAAUAACUCUAGUAAUAGGUGAUUUAUUAUUUUGAAUUUGCGUUAGUGGAAGUGGAGAAGCUGCAAGGAAGAAGUAUAUGCAUCGAUGAAAACGAUUGUAAAGUUUGUUUGUGUAUAUAUUUUAUAAAAAAUGAAGCAGAGGAAAACCUACAAAAAACGCGAACUCACCCACACAUACACAUUACAACAAGGACGACACUGACAGAGCUGAUGGAGAGAGCGGGAGCAGCAAAUAGACGACAGGAAGCGUAAGAAAUAUAACAAAAAAACAAUAGUACGCGAGAAGCUUCCCACCAACAUCAACACCACCAACCUUGCUGUGGUUGUUGUGCACACACAUACACACGCAGAACAGCGAGAGUGCGAGAUAGAGAAAGAGAACGCAUUACAUUUCAUCCCCUCACUACUUACACAAAUCAAUAGAGAAGUCAAAUCGAAAAUCUCGUUUGUGCGACAAAUGCAUGAUGAAGUGUGUGUAAGUGUGUGUGCUCGCACACAUACACCUUCCGGAAAUCCUCAACCUCUCCUACAUCACCAACGGCCGGCGGUGGCGGGUUUCACUACGUCUCCAGGAAAAGGAUUCGCGCGUAGCAAAAAAUUGGCAACACGCCGACGCAGGAAGAUACGCACGGCCGCAACCACUACCAAGAAAAAAAGAAAAGGAGAAAGUGUAUGCCUUUUCUAGCAUAUACACACACACACACACAGCUGAAGUCACAGACGCGCGCUCCGUUUGGCAGAAUGUGUGAUGCGGGCAUAACAGCAUAACAACGACGAGAGGAUAUAUGGGAAACGAGAGCAAAGAGCAUCUUAAGAUUAUCAACGUUCGCAGCAGUUUGUUAGUCUCUAAGCAAUCCAAGCAACCACCUACCCACAAAUCGCGCAGGUCCCACGCAUUCAAUCGAGAAGAGGAGGUCGCAUCGGCUCAUGCUCCGCUUGGGCCGGCUGUUGAGAUCAAGUCUUGAGGAUGGCCAAGGCCCAUCCACGAUCUUCUCGGGAGUAGAGUGUAGUGUAGUGGUGCAGAGCGUUAGGAUGGAAGGGUAGAGGUACAACAUAUUAGUCAUUAAAGAAAUGGGUCAAAACAAUACAUUUAAACAUUGCAUAGGAGAUAUUGCUGAAAGGCCGUUUACGUCGCGCCUUCGCUGGUGUGGGGUACAAGCGUAAGCGCGCUGCUCGUGCGUAGCUGUAUGUAUGUACAGUGAGGGGCAAGACAGAAAACAUAAAAGAACAGCAUUACUAUUAUGAGAUAUAUCCACACAACAAAACAAAAACAGAAAACAAACAAAUGAAGCAAGUUGUUGAAAUGAGCGCAGGAAAAGGAAAGGCUCCAGAGAAGAGUAGACGGCGACGGCGUGAGACUUGUGAUGGAUCUCAUCUCAAUUUAGAUUCGCGUGUGUGUAUCGCUGUCAAAUCGGACAGCAGGGCAGGUAGGGGACGAGGGGUGAAGAGUACAACAGGUGAGUUCUCGCUCACCUACCCAAAACUCCAGUUCUCGCCAGUGUCUAUAUCCCCCUUGCACACGCAUCCUAAGGAAAACCAAGGUACCGUGACUAAAAUUCGACUGUACUUCGGGGGACGCAGUGACAGCGAUGGCGAGUUUAAUAUGAUAAUAAAACGGACUCUCAGACUGAUACAGAACCUGGACGUGUUGAAGCGAACGCGCGUGUGUACGAGAAACAGGACUGACGAACGGACGGACAACACCGACCGGACUAGACUCGACCACUGGACAAUCAGACGAUGGAGAAAGGUAAACAAACGAAAAAGCAGACGUUAUAAUUGCAAAUAGGAGAAAGUACAUAGCAAGGAAGUAGUAGUUCAUGUAAACACAAUAAACCGGAAACAGAGAGAAGGUCGCAUUGAGCAACAACACAAAACAGUUAUUAACCGGAAAGAGAAGGAAAGGGCCAGAAGAAGUCAUUAAAUGUGGAGUCACACCAACACGCGUGUGCAUUAGGCUUGCAUUUCCUUCGUAAGGAGAAUGUGUUUUGUCUUCUUCUUUUCGGUUACACUGCGUAGGUUUCUAUUCAUUGGGUUUUUGUUUGUUUCCUAAUCGAUGAUAGCCGCCAGAAGACAAAAACAAACCAACAUUAGAAAUGCAAAACAAUGUAAUUUUCCAACAAUGAAAAGUGAGCGUGGUGCAACGUUUAUCUGCAAAAUGGGGAAGUGUCGUAGGCACUUCCUUUUCCGGUCACAAAAGCUCAUAAACAGCUCACAUACACAGACUCCCAAGCAAAAUCAACAAACACACAAAAAAACAAGUACGAAAGGAUUAUACCCCUCCAGAACUAUCUUUUAAUUAAAAAUGUUUUCGGACAGAAAAUACUAUAUGAUUAUGGUAACGUUUAAGGUCGUUCGUGGCGAAAUUCGUCAUGAGAGAUGCGAAAAAUAAAGAAAAACAAAAACCACUGACACACAUGA